CUUCUACUGCGCCAAAGCCAAGGUCAACAUCUGGCGCAGCCGCACACAUGCUCUUUUAGGCGAGUCUUCCGCCGUCGCUGUUCGGCGCGGGGCGGUACUGAAAUCACACCGCUGGCUUCUCCUCCUCCUCUCCAUGUCUCCCCCCUCCUCUUCUUGCUCCUCCACCUCCCUCCCUCCCGCCACAGCGCCGCCGACACUUGCAGCCAUUUUACGCAGGACGAAUCCAAUCAUGUCGUGAGAGACGCUCGCCGCUCACCUGCGCCAAAAACCGCCGCCGCCAACCGGCGGUCGCACACGGGCGGGCAAGCAGGGAGGUCCGGCCAACAUGGUGAAGAGGAAGAGCUUGGAUGACAACGAGCCCGAGUGCGGGAAAGGAAUACCGUUCCCCAUCCAGACCUUCCUGUGGCGGCAGACCAGUGCAUUUUUGCGCCCUAAGCUGGGAAAGCAAUAUGAAGCAUCUUGCGUGUCCUUUGAGCGAGUGCUGGUGGAGAAUAAGCUCCACGGCUUGUCACCGGCCCUGUCGGAAGCCAUCCAGAGCAUCUCUCGCUGGGAGCUGGUCCAGGCCGCCUUGCCUCAUGUUCUCCACUGCACCUCAAUUUUGCUGUCCAACAGGAACAAACUGGGUCAUCAGGACAAGCUGGGCGUGGCGGAGACCAAACUGCUCCACACGCUGCACUGGAUGCUGCUGGAUGCCGCCCACGAGUGCAACCAUGAGCCCAGCUUGGGCCACGGCUGGUCGGCCGGCAGCGGGGGUGGCGCCGCCUUCCUUCAGCCUGUGGGGAACCAGGGCUCUUCUCCGGGUGCGCCCGGCUCUUGCGCCAGCUCCGCCUUAGGGGGCUCGGGCCCGCAGAACAGCGGCUCCCUGCUGGAGGAAGAUGAGCACGCUCGCACCAAGCUGUUCUACAAGAGCAUGGCCACCGUGGAGCUGUUUGUGUUCCUCUUCGCUCCCCUCAUUCACCGGAUCAAGGAGUCAGACUUGACUUUCCGUUUGGCCAGCGGUCUAAUUAUCUGGCAACCCAUGUGGGAGCACCGCCAGCCUGACAUCCCCGCCUUCACCGCCCUCAUCAAACCGGUCCGGAACAUUGUAACGGCAAAGAGGAACUCCCCAGUGAUCAACCAGUGCAGCCCCUGUGGGACCGGAAACCCUGGUCCAUUGGGCUUUCAGGUGGUUUGUGAGGCCGGCCAGUCCGAUUCCUCUUCCUCCCCGGCUGCGGGAGAGCACCGCUGUCGCCGUGGUAACUCGGUAGAGAAAGGCGGACCUUCUCAGCAACCCCCAUCCGUCAAAGGCCCAUCCAAAAAAAAGACAUCAGCUCCUGCCGGUGUGCCAGUGUCCCUGUCUCAGCGUGCCCGCUACGCCACCUACUUUGAUGUUGCCGUGCUGCGUUGCCUUCUGCAGCCUCACUGGACAGAGGAGGGGGUGCACUGGGCCUUGAUGUACUACCUCCAACGCCUGAGACAGAUUCUGGAGGAGAGGCCGGAACGAGCCCCGGAACCUCUGGUCGCUCCUCUGCCGCGCCCGCGCAGCAGUUCCAUGGUGGCCGCCACCCCCUCACUGGUCAACACCCAUAAAACCCAGGACAUGAGCCUGAAAUGCAAUGAGGAGGGCAAAUCUCUGAGCACCGAGACAUUCACAAAGGUUUCCCUUACCAACCUGCGUCGCCAAGCUGUCCCUGAUCUUUCGUCUGAUCUUGGCAUGAACAUCUUCAAGAAGUUUAAGAACCGGCGUGAGGAUCGGGAGAGAAAGGGCUCCAUUCCCUUCCAUCACACAGGCAAGAAACGCCAGCGUCGUAUGGGUGUCCCCUUCCUGCUCCAUGAGGACCACCUGGAUGUCUCCCCCACCCGCAGCGCAUUCUCCUUCGGGAGCUUCUCCGGCCUGGGUGAUGAUCGGCGUGCUCUGGACCGUGGGGGGUGGCAGGCUACAAUCAUGGGUAAAUUCACGCGUCGGGGAAGUACGGACACAGCCGCAGAUGCAGACAGUCUGAGCGCCAAGCACUCGCACUCCCACCACUCGUUGCUCCGAGACAUGCCCGACCACUCCAACAGCCACAGCGACAACACCGUCAAAGAGGGUAAUAAAGUUCGAUCCCAGAUCUCCACCAUCACCAUGGCUGCAUUCAACACCACCGUGGCGUCUUUUAAUGUAGGCUAUGCCGACUUCUUCACCGAGCAUAUGAAAAGGCUUUGCAACCCCGUGGUGGUCCCUGAGAUGCCCGUGGAGCCUCUGGCCUGCGCCAACCUUCCUCGCAGCCUGACCGACUCCUGUAUCAACUACUCCUGCCAAGAGGAAGGCGAGAACAUUGAGGGCACCAAUAACUUUGUGCUGAAGAACGGCAUGUUGGACCUCACGGCUGUGCUUCGCGCCCUCUACGCCGUCCUCAGCCACGACAUCAGCUCCAGAAUCUGCGAUGUGGCUCUCAACAUCAUCGACUGCCUGCUGCAGCUUGGCAUGGUGCCUGGGAUGGGCAAAAAGUUGUCCAAGGCCGACAACAAGGAGAACGAGGAGACGCGAGUCAAGGACGCCGUGGGACAGGGCCUCGGAGGAGGAGGCGGGGGAGAUGGAGGUGGCGGUGGCAGUGGAGGGGGUGGGGGUGGAGGGGGCAGUGGUGGAGGAAGCGGGCAAGGGAGCAAGGAUGAUGUGAAGAAUAACAAGGACAAUGACAAAAAGGAAGAGGGCUCCUGCCUCAGCACCCACAGGCUGGCCCUCACCAUGCUCAUCAAGAUAGUCAAGUCUCUGGGCUGCGCUUACGGAUGUGGCGAGGGACACCGCGGCCUAUCAGGAGAUCGUCUCAGGAUGCAGGCUCAAAACUGCCUGACCAGCCUCUACAAGCUGGACAAGCUGCAGUUUCGCCAGACCAUGCGUGACUACGUCAACAAAGACUCCCUGAAUAACAUUGUGGACUUUCUUCACGCUCUACUGGGCUUCUGUAUGGAGCCCAUCACCGACAAGUACGGCAGUGCAGGUGAGAGGUCCAGGAGGGUGAAAAAACGAAACAUCGACAAGGCGGGCUUCGGCAACAAUUUCACCACGGGGGACAAUAAGUCGGUGGCGCAGAACAUGGAGGCGGUGGUGGUGGGCUGCAUGUUCAAGUCGCUGAUCACCCGCUGCGCCUCCACCACGCAUGAGCUUCAUAGCCCUGAGAACCUGGGCCUGUACUGCGACAUCCGCCAGCUGGUGCAGUUCAUCAAGGAGGCACACGGGAAUGUUUUCCGUCGGGUGGCUCUGAGCGCGCUCCUGGACAGUGCGGAGAAGGUCACGGCCACCAAGAAACCUGAGGAGAAGGAUGACACCAAACUGCAAGCUCCAAGAAGGUCAGAGGCAGGUAUGUCCGGGGAGAAGGGUCAGGUGUCCAGUGCUGCAGAUGAGUGUCGCAGCUACAUCUCUAGCAGACCCCCCCAGACCCCUGAACACGAGGAGCAGAUCCCGGGAGCUCUGCUGGGCAGGAAGGACUUCUGGAGGAAGAUGUUCAAGUCCCAGAGUGCUGCCAGUGACACCAGCAGCCAGUCUGAACAGGACACCUCAGAGUGCACCACCGCCCACUCUGGGACCACCACGGAUCGGCGUUCCCGGUCCAGAUCCCGUCGUAUUUCACUUCGCAAGAAACUUAAACUGCCCAUAGGCAAUUGGCUGAAACGCUCCUCUCUUUCUGGACUUACUGACGGUGUGGAGGACCUGUUGGACAUCAGCUCAGUGGAUCGACUCUCCUUCAUACGACAGAGUUCGAAGGUGAAGUUCACCAGCGCCGUCAAGCUGUCAGAAGGAGUCGCCGCAGGGCCGGAAUACUGCAGGGAUGAGGAAGAGAAUUUCUUCAAGCGGCUCGGUAAAUGGAGGUCUGGCAGGAGGAAUCCAUCCAAGCUUCACCACACAGAAGAGAAAGAUGGACCCCAUGGUUUCCAGGAGCGCCUGGCCGCCAGCCAAGAAGCAAUGAAAAACAAAAACGUGGUGAACUUGGGUGCGAUCCGACAGGGAAUGAAACGCUUCCAGUUCCUGCUCAACUGCUGUGAACCGGGGACCAUACCCGACGCGUCCAUCCUCGCCGCGGCUCUGGACCUGGAAGCGCCCAUCGUUGCUCGGGCCUCCCUGUUUCUCGAAUGCGCCCGAUUUGUGCAUCGUUGUAACCGUGGCAACUGGCCAGAGUGGAUGAAGGGCCACCAUGUAAACAUCACCAAGAGAGGCUUGUCCCGGGGGCGCUCGCCCAUAGUGGGCAACAAAAGGAACCAGAAACUCCAGUGGAAUGCAGCCAAACACUUCUGCCAGUGGGGAGAUGCAAUCGGUACGCGGCUGAGUGAACUGUGCCACUGUGACAGCGAGAGUCCGGCCAACAUUCUCGGGUACAUCUACGAUGAGGAGACUAAACGAAGAAUGAGAAAGGAGGAUGAAGAGGAGGACUAUUUAGAUGACAACACGGUCAAUCCGACAAAAUGCGGCUGUCCGUUUGCUCUGAAGAUGGCCGCCUGCCAGCUGCUGUUGGAAAUCACCACCUUCCUGAGAGAGACCUUUCCCUGCCUCCCUCGACCACGCACUGAGCCACUUGUGGAUUUAGACAGCUGCCGCCUGCGUCUGGACCCCGAGCUCGGUCGACAUCGAUACGAGAGGAAGAUCAGCUUUGCGGGUAUCCUGGACGAUGAGGAUGGUCAUGACUCGCUGAACAGUAGUAGCCACACUCUGAAGUCGGACACCACGGGUGACGACAAGAAAACCCAGGAGGGCACUGUGCCUGUUCGGAAGAUUCGUAUCGGAGGCUCACGGUUGCUGCAGAUCAAAGGAGCUCGCAGCUUCCGUGUAAAAAAGGGCGGGUCUUUGUCUUCAAUUCGGAGGGCGGGGAGCCUGAAGAGCACCAAGAUGUCCCGACAGGAUUCCGAGUCAGAAAACGAGGAGGGGAUACUUUCGCAAACAAACAGCAGGGAUACUGUCACGGAUAUUGGCAGUCCCGGCAGUACCAGCGAACCCAGUAUAGAACCGGAGGGUCAAAGCGGAAGCGGAGCAGAAGACAACUACCACCGCAAUAUGUCAUGGCUCCACAUCAUGAUCCUGCUGUGCAACCAGCAGAGCUUCAUCUGCACCCACGUCGACUUCUGCCACCCACGCUGCUACCAGCACCACAGCCGCUCCUGCGCCCGCCUGGUCCGCGCCAUUAAGCUUGUGUACGGCGAGACGGUGGACAGCCUGAGAGAGGACAGUGCCACCGCUGCCGGCAUCAUCGGCACCCGUGCACAGAAAAACAAAGAGUGUUCUGACAAGUCGUGCCUGAGGACACCAUCCAUGAAGAGGAGACCCACCGACGGCGCCAUUGAAGGGAAGAAGGACACGGGAAUGUUAAAGUACAUCAGAAACCAGGUGAUGAGCUUGUCGCCCGCCCCGCUCUCUCUUCUCAUCAAAGCCGCCCCCAUCUUGACCGAUGACAUGUACGGCGACAUCCAGCCUGCAGCCUGGGAGCUCCUUCUCAGCGUGGACGAACACAUGGCGGCUGCUGCUGCGGCGAUGUUCCUGCUGUGUGCGGUAAAGGUCCCAGACGCAGUGACCGAAAUGAUGAUGGCAGAGUUCCAGCACCAAGAGGCCUGCCAGCGCAUCAACUCCGUCCUCAAGUUCUAUACGCUGUGGCGAUUCCGCUACCAGGUGUGGCCUCGCAUGGAGGAAGGAGCCCAGCAGAUCUUCAAAAUUCCCCCGCCCAGCAUAAACUUCACCCUGCCAUCUCCCAUACUGGGCAUGCCCUGCGUCCCUAUUUUUGACCCCCCAUGGGUUCCCCAGAACACCGGCAGCGUCCAAGACCCAAUCAAUGAAGACCAGUCUAAAUCCUUCUCGGCCCGGGCUGUAUCGCGUUCUCACCAGCGAGCUGAGCACAUCUUGAAGAACCUGCAGCAGGAGGAGGAAAAGCGGCGUCUGGGCCGUGAGGCCAGCAUCAUCACAGCCAUCCCUGUGGCCCAAGAGGCGUGCUAUGAGCCCACUUGCAGCCCCCCACCCGAGCAAGAGGAGGAAGCAGAAGAAGUGGUGAACCUGGCAUCCCGCCGUCUGUCUGUCAGUCCAUCCUGUGCCUCCAGUAACUCCCACAGGAACUACUCCUUCCGCCGAGGCUCCAUGUGGUCCGUACGCUCAUUGGCUAGUGCUGAAGAUGAAGAGAACACAACAGAACACACACCCACGCACCACAUGCUGCAACCGCCGCAAGCGGUCUUCCCGGCAUGCAUCUGUGCCGCCGUGCUCCCCAUCGUGCAUCUCAUGGAGGAUGGGGAGGUUCGAGAGGACGGCGUAGCAGUGAGCGCUGUUGCCCAGCAAAUCUUGUGGAACUGCCUCAUCGAGGAUCCCGCCCUCGUCCUCCGCCACUUCCUGGAGAAACUCACUGUGAGCAACCGGCAGGAUGAGUUGAUGUACAUGCUGAGGAAGCUGCUGCUUAACAUCGGAGACCUUCCUGCGCAGACCUCCCACAUCCUCUUCAACUACCUGGUGGGCCUGAUUAUGUAUUUUGUGCGGACACCCUGCGAGUGGGGGAUGGAUGCCAUCUCAGCCACGCUUACCUUCCUGUGGGAGGUGGUGGGCUACGUGGAGGGGCUCUUCUUCAAAGACCUGAAGCAGACCAUGAAGAAAGAGCAGUGCGAGGUCAAGCUGCUGGUCACGGCGUCCAUGCCAGGAACCAAGACCCUGGUGGUGCACGGCCAGAACGAAUGCGACAUCCCAACACAGCUGCCCGUCCAUGAAGACACUCAGUUUGAAGCCCUGCUGAAGGAAUGCCUGGAAUUCUUCAACAUUCCCGAGGCUAGAUCAGCACAUUAUUUCCUAAUGGACAAACGCUGGAACCUCAUACAUUAUUCCAAGACAUAUGUAAGGGACAUCUACCCCUUCAGGAGGUCAGUCUCUCCCCAGCUCAACCUUGUCCACAUGCUGCCAGAUAAAGGACAGGAGCUGAUCCAGAAGCAGGUGUUCUCCCGCAAACUGGAGGAGGUUGGCCGUGUGCUCUUCCUCAUCUCCCUCACGCAGCACAUGCCCGCCGUGCACAAGCAGUCCCACGUCUCACUGCUCCAGGAAGACCUGCUGCGUCUGCCAUCCUUCCCAAGGACCGCCAUCGAUGCCGAGUUCUCCCUGUUUAACGAGCCACAGGGAAAGGAGCUGUUUGGGUUAGACACCCUCCACAAGGUACUCUGGAUCAAGCUCCUUGAGGAGAUGUUCCUGGGCAUGCCCAGCGAGUACCCGUGGGGUGACGAGAUGAUGCUGUUCCUUAACGUCUUCAACGGGGCGCUGCUGCUGCACCCAGAGGACAGCGCCCUCCUCAGGCAGCACACUGCAACUGCCAUCAACACAGCUGUGCACUUCAACCAUCUUUUCUCACUGAGCGGCUAUCAGUGGAUCCUGCCGACCAUGCUGCAGGUUUAUGCCGACUACGAGGGGAACCCUUUACUGAGGCAAGGCAUCGAGUUCUGCUGUCGACAGUUCUACAUCCUCCACCGCAAGCCCUUCAUCCUGCAGCUGUUUGCUAGCGUGGCGCCACUGCUAGAAUUUACUACCAGCACCAGUAGCGGCCUUUCAAAGGGAGUGUCAGCCCAAUGUCUGUUCGACCUGCUGGUGUCUCUGGAGGGUGAGACGCAGGAUGCCCUGGACGCGCUCGAGCUGGUCAAGGCAGAGAAACCACUGCGUUCUUUGGAUUUCUGUUAUGGUAAUGAGGACUUGGCCUUUUCUAUCAGUGAAGCCAUAAAACUAUGCGUCACCGUGGUGGCCUAUGCACCUGAGUCCUUCAGAAGCCUCCAGAUGCUGAUGGUGCUGGAGGCCCUGGUGCCGUGUUACCUCCAAAAGCUAAAGAGCAACACGGUGACAAUGGAGUCAGCAUCAGCCGCCAGAGACGAGAUCGCAGCCAUUGCGGCGCUGGCCACAUCCCUGCAGGCCUUGCUCUACAGCUCAGAAACCCUGACAAGACCCAUGACGGCACCGCAGAUGUCUCGCUGUGAUCAGGGCCAUAAAGGAGGCACCACUGCCAACCACGCUAUGUCAGGAGGGGUCAACACAAGGGACAACCUCCACAUGCUGGAGGAGGGCCAGGGCAUGCCGAGGGAGGAGCUGGACGAACGCAUGGCCAGAGAGGAGUUCCGCCGGCCGAGAGAGUCCCUGUUGAACAUCUGCACCGAAUUUUACAAACACUGUGGGCCGCGUCUCAAGAUCUUGCAGAACGUAGCUGGUGAGCCACGGGUGACGGCGCUGGAGCUGCUUGACAUCAAGUCUCACAUGAGACUGGCAGAGAUCGCCCACGCGUUACUCAAGCUGGCACCCUACGACACCCUGACCAUGGAGAGCCGAGGCCUGCGGCGCUACAUCAUGGAGAUGCUGCCCAUCACCGACUGGUCCUCUGAGGCCGUACGCCCCGCCCUCAUCCUCAUUCUAAAGAGGCUUGACCGCAUGUUCAACAAGAUCCACAAGAUGCCCACGCUCAGGUGCGCUCGCCCACAGGCACUAUGCACCAGGAGACAGGUGGAGUGGGAGGCGGCCAGCAGCCUGAUUGAGGGCAUCUGUCUGACUCUGCAGCGACAGCCAAUCAUCUCCUUUCUGCCUCACCUUCGCUCGCUCAUCAACGUCUGCGUCAACCUGGUGAUGGGCGUGGUCGGCCCAUCUAGUGUUGCAGACGGCUUACCUCUACUCCACCUCAGCCCUUACCUCUCCCCGCCACUCCCCUUCAGUACAGCCGUGGUUCGGUUGGUCGCCUUACAAAUCCAGGCCUUGAAGGAGGACUUCCCUCUCAGCCACGUGAUCUCACCGUUCACCAAUCAGGAGAGGAGAGAAGGGAUGCUGCUGAACUUGCUCAUUCCGUUUGUCCUUACUGUUGGGUCUGGAAGCAAAGACAGUCCUCAUCUUGAGCAGCCAGAGAUCUUCUUGCUGAUGCAGACGGUCAUCAACAUCCUCCUUCCGCCACGCAUCAUCUCCACCUCCCGCACCAAGAACUUCAUGCUGGAUGCGUCACCAGCUCACUGCUCCACCCCCGGCGACACCGGGAAGGAUCUGCGCAGAGAAGGGCUGGCUGAGUCCACCAGCCAGGCGGCAUAUCUGGCUCUAAAGGUGGUGCUGGUGUGCUUCGAGCGCUCCCUGGGGAACCAGUGGUAUCGUCUGAGUCUGCAGGUGAAGGAGAUGGCUCUCAGGAAGGUGGGGGGCCUGGCUUUCUGGGACUUCAUUGACUUCAUUGUCCGCACUCGAAUCCCCAUCUUUGUCUUGCUGAGGCCCUUCAUUCAGUGCAAGUUAUUGACACAGCCCGCCGACUCCCAGGAGGAGAUCACAGCACGCCACCACAUCGCCGACCAGCUGGAGCGACGCUUCAUCCCUCGACCUCUCAGCAAGAGCUCUUUGUUUGCUGAAUUCAACAAUGAACUGAAGAUCCUCAAAGAAGCGGUCCACAGCGGCUCUGCUUACCAGGGCAAGACAUCCAUCAGCACAGUGGGCACCUCCACGUCAGCCUACCGCCUGAGUUUGGCCACGAUGUCGCGCUCCAACACAGGCACCGGCACAGUUUGGGAGCAGGACAGCCAGCCGUCCCGCCAGCCUUCCCAGGACACACUCAGCCGCACUGAUGAGGACGACGAAGAGAACGACUCCAUUAGUAUUCCCAGUGUGGUGAGCGAGCAUGAGGCGUUCCUUCCCAGGGUGAUAACAGAGCGCCGCUUCUCCAGCCAUGCCACAGGCUCAGCCGUUUUGCCGCCGGAGGCCCCCCGUAGCGCCAUGCUGCCCAGCCACAGUGAACCCAAUGUGCUAGAUGAGUCCCAGGGUCUUCUGCAGGAGAGUAACCUGUCUAGGGUCGCCAGCGUGCAGAGUGAACCCGGGCAGCAGAACCUACUCAUCCAACCUCCUCUGGGGAGGAAGCGAGGCAUCAGGCAGCUGCGGCGCCCCCUCUUGUCCAUUCCAAAGAAUGAACCUCGUGGUCGUUCAGGAGUGCGCCUCUCCACCACCCGCAGGAGCAUCCAGCCCAAGAACAAACCUCUGGAAACUUUGUUGGACUGUGAAGCACAAGGGGACCAAAAGAGGUCGGUGACCUUUACAGAGACACAAGGGCAGCAAGGCAAACCUUUGACCCCCAGCAGUGCAGACGCUCCAGCUGAAAGUACGUCCAAGUUCCCCACACUGGAGGUGCCCUCCGUCUCGUCAGCCACCGUCACCGCCGACCUGCACAGCCCAGCAAAAACCCAGGUCCCUCCCGCCAUGAGCAUCAAGGAGAAACGAGAGCAGUGGGGCCUCCGCAGCAGCCUCUCCCCUCCCCCGUCUUUGUCCCGCACCUCCACCCCCACGCCGCCGUCCCGCGCCUGCUCCCCCAACCCCCUCUCACGGACCAACUCCCCUUUAUCCCGCACUUCUUCGCCCCUUCCUCCGCCUCUUCCCGUGCUGGGCACGGUGCCGGCACCGGGCCCGCCACUGCCACCUCCGCUCCCCCUGCCGUCAGCCCCUCUCCUUCCUCCGCCACCGCCGUCCAGGACCAGAGAGAGCCCCGGGGACGCGGACACCACCGCGCUGCUGCCACGCGGCGAUACCUUGCUGCAGCUGAGCGAGGACGACGGCACAGAGAACCCCCUCCUCACCCCGCUCCUGUCCGCCCCCUCGCCGCAGCGCUCACCUCGCCGCCUCCCGCUAGCCCUCUCCCCCGUUGACUUAGACUUGGAUGAGUCCCACGUGUAAACUCAGAGUGAAGAAGUGAAUGUAUAUUUUAGCAGAGAUGAUUCUAUGAAAUACAUGAUAGAAUAUAAUGAAGACAACAUAUUUAUGAGAGUAAAUAGAGGCUGUAAUAUGCAACACUUCAGUUCCCAUUUUACGUAGCGCAUCGUGUUCGUCUGGCAGUGUUUAUCUGUGUCGGUUGCAAUGCAGUAGAUUCAGUACCUCGUUGCUCCUUCCAUGCCUUACAGAAACAUUCUAUUCUACUGAAGCCCACGUUUAGAUCUUUCUAUGUGAUCUCUGAACCAGGACAGGAUUAGGAUGUGCCAUACAACUCAGCCAACACACUGUGAGUCUUUGUCGUCUUUGGAGUCCUUUGUGUAACGUCAAAUGUUUAGCGCAACGAGUGUUCACGCAUUUCUGUUCCGCUUGUUUUUAACGGCCAAGCAGUAUUUGUGUCACAGACUUGUACGUUAAAUGUUACCAUGCUUGUACUUACACACAUAAAAUAAUGACAUGCCCAUCA